AUGCAACACUCUCUCAGCUCCGAUCUUCUUCCGCUAGAAACUUCCUCUCGUUUUCAUUUACGCCUACAAACCAAGCAUGCAAAUAUUACCAAGUCCCAACUUCUCAUUAAUAACCCUUUUACGAAAACAACAAAAACUCUCGACCUCACUUCACCGGCUACGUCACCAUCGUGUCCGGUUAAGCUCAAACCACCGCAUCAUCACUUAAACCCUAUCCAGAAGCUAGCAGCUUCCAUGCUCGACAAAAUCGAGUCCUCCCUCGUUGUACCAAUGGAACAAAACCACCCUCUACCUAAACCGACCGAUCCAUCUAUUCAAUUAUCAGGAAAUUUCGCUCCGGUUAAUGAAUGUCCGGUUCAAAACGGUUUAGAAGUUGUCGGUCAUAUUCCUCCUUGUCUACGUGGAGUCUACAUCCGUAACGGCGCUAAUCCUAUGUUUCCGCCGUUAGGUGGACACCAUUUGUUUGACGGUGACGGAAUGCUGCACGCCGUUAGAAUUGGUUCUGAUAACCGGGUUAGUUACAGCUGCCGGUACACUAAAACAAGCCGGCUUGUUCAGGAAGCCGAGCUAGGCCGUUCGGUCUUCCCCAAACCCAUCGGCGAGCUUCACGGUCACUCCGGUUUGGCUCGACUCGCUUUAUUCGCCGCUCGAGCUGAGAUUGGGCUUGUGGACGCGACACGUGGCAUGGGUGUAGCUAACGCCGGCGUCAUUUACUUUAACGGAAGAUUAUUAGCCAUGUCAGAGGAUGAUCUCCCUUACCACGUGAAGAUCAACGGCCAUGGAGAUCUCGAGACUAUCGGACGGUUCAGAUUUGAUGGACAGAUCGAUUGUCCACUAAUAGCGCAUCCUAAGGUGGACCCUACCACAGGAGAUCUUCACACGCUGAGUUACAACGUUUUGAAGAAACCUCAUCUCAAAUAUCUUAAAUUCGACACGUGCGGAAAAAAGACACGUGACCUUGACAUCACACUCGAGCAACCCACGAUGAUUCACGAUUUUGCGAUAACUGAAAAUUUCGUCGUGAUCCCGGAUCAGCAAAUGAUAUUCAAACUAUCCGAAAUGAUUCGGGGCGGGUCACCGGUUAUCUACGAAAGAGAGAAGAUUUCAAGAUUCGGUGUUUUGUCAAAACAGGAUUCGACCGGGUCGAGUAUUAAUUGGGUCGACGUACCCGACUGCUUCUGUUUCCAUUUAUGGAACGCGUGGGAAGAGAUAACCAAGGACGGUGACCCGGUUAUCGUUGUAAUUGGUUCGUGCAUGAACCCGCCCGACACGAUUUUCAGCGAAUCUGGAGAACCGACUCGGAUUGAAUUAACUGAAAUACGGUUAAACAUGCGGACAAAAGAAUCGAACCGGAAGAUCAUCGUAACCGGGAUGAAUUUAGAAGCGGGUCAAGUAAACCGAAAUUUCCUGGGCCGAAAAACCCGGUUUGUUUAUUUAGCGAUAGCCGAUCCUUGGCCGAGAUGCAAUGGCUUUGCGAAGGUGGAUUUAGAGAACGGAAACGUUUCAGAAUUCAAAUACGGACCGGGCCGGUUCGGUGGCGAACCGUACUUCGUACCGGAUGGAGAAGGAGAAGACGAAGGGUACGUAAUGGGGUUUGUGAGGGACGAGGAGGGAAAUGAGUCGGAGUUUGUGGUGGUUAACGCAUCAGAGAUGAAGCAAGUCGCGGCGGUGCGGCUACCGGAGAGAGUACCGUACGGUUUCCACGGAACGUUCGUGAGCGAGAAUCAGUUGAAGGAACAAGUUUAA